UUUUCUUCUCUUUCUUUCUUUUUAUUUAUCAGCAAAACUUGUUUGUCGUCUUCUGAAGUUUGGGGGUUCUGAAAAAAGGCGUCCACCUUGUGCUUCUCGCUCGCUUGAACUUUGCUUGCUGCUCUCCUCUGCCGUGGUGUUGCGAGGGUUCUGUUCUCUACUUGCACUGUUGCACAUAUAUAUCAUUAAAAAGGAGCUAUCAGAAAUCAAUUGAGUGAGGAAUUGAAGUUGGAAUAGGGAUGGAGAUGAUGUUCUACUAUCAGCAGCUGGGCAGGACCACUUACCAGGACUCUCUCAAGGUUUUGGAGUCCGAUAUUGAGCAUGCAAAUGAUUUAGCCGCAGCAAUUCCAAGGGGUAAGGGAGGAACACGUCUGCAAAUGAAAUUGGUCUACAAUCACUUGGCGCCGUUCUUGAUGUUUUUCCUUCAGUGGAUCAACUGUUCUUGCACAUGUUUUAUGCCGAGAUAUUUCAACUUCUUUCACGUGCUCAUUUACAAGGUAUAUGCUGAUGGAAGGCCGAAAAUGUCGACCCAUGGAAGGAAGGCAUCCAUUAAAGACUUUUACGCUAUUAUAUUGCCGUCACUCAAGCAGCUCCAUCUCGACUCAACAAAGCAGCAGCAGGACAACCAAAAGAAUCUUCUCCUGAAAAGUAUUAGCAAGAGACCGGAUCGAGAGGGUAAGCACGCAAAUAUGGAGUCGGAUAGAGAUGAUGAAUGUGGGAUAUGCUUAGAGCCGUGCGCCAAAAUGGUCGUGCCGAAUUGCUGCCAUGCAAUGUGCAUAAACUGUUAUCGAGACUGGAGUGUUAGAUCGGAGUCGUGCCCAUUUUGCCGGGGCAGUCUCAAAAGAGUGAAAUCGAGAGACCUGUGGGUUCUGAUGAGCAAGGACGAGGUGGUCGACCGGGAGGCUGCAUUCGCGGAGGAUCUACGCCGAUUCUACCUUUAUAUUAGAAACUUGCCUAAGGAUUCUCCGGAUGCUUUAUUCUUAAUGUAUUAUGAAUAUUUGAUAUGAUAUUUGUGUAUAUAGUAAACUAUGAGGAGGAAGACGAAGAAAAAGAGAAAGAGUUGUUUUGAAGCCACUGCUUAAAUGUAAAUAACACCGGCUUAGACAUUCAUAAAAGCUCUUUAUCUUUUGGUGUA